GCAUCGCCCGGCGGGAUGGGCGGCGAGGCGGGGGCCGCGGCGGCCGUGGGCUCCGAGGGCCGCGUCAAGAGCCUGGGUCUGGUGUUCGAGGACGAGCGCAAGGGCUGCUACUCGAGCGGCGAGACGGUGGCGGGCCACGUGCUGCUGGAGGCGGCCGAGCCGGUGGCCGUGCGCUCGCUGCGCCUGGAGGCCCACGGCCGAGCCACUGCCGCGUGGGGCCCGAGCCCGGGCGCCGCGGCCCCGGCCGCCGCCUCGGAGGUGGAGUACCUGAACGUGCGCCUGAGCCUGCGCGAGCCCCCGGCCGGUGAAGGCAUCCUCUUACUACAGCCUGGAAAACAUGAAUUUCCAUUUAGCUUUCAACUUCCAUCUGAACCUUUAGUAACCUCAUUCACCGGGAAAUAUGGAAGUAUUCAGUACUGUGUGAGAGCCAUUUUGGAACGACCCAAGGUACCUGAUCAGAGCGUGAAGCGGGAGCUCCAGGUCAUCAGUCACAUUGAUGUCAACACACCAGCAUUAUUAACCCCUGUAUUGAAAACUCAAGAGAAAAUGGUUGGCUGUUGGUUUUUCACGUCUGGUCCUGUCUCACUGAGUGCCAAAAUUGAAAGAAAAGGAUACUGUAAUGGAGAAGCCAUUCCAAUCUAUGCAGAGAUAGAGAAUUGUUCCUCUCGGUUGAUUGUUCCCAAAGCUGCUAUUUUCCAAACCCAGACGUAUUUGGCGAGUGGGAGAACAAAGAGUGUCCGGCACAUGGUUGCCAAUGUGCGAGGGAACCACAUCGCUUCUGGAGGCACUGACACGUGGAAUGGGAAGACUCUAAAAAUUCCACCUGUUACCCCAUCCAUCCUGGAUUGCUGCAUUAUCAGAGUAGACUACUCCUUAGCUGUGUAUAUUCACAUUCCUGGUGCUAAAAAAUUGAUGCUCGAGCUGCCCUUGGUGAUUGGCACAAUUCCAUUUAACGGUUUUGGCAGCAGAAACUCCAGCAUUGCCAGCCAGUUCAGUAUGGAUAUGAGCUGGCUGACACUGACUCUGCCAGAGCAGCCUGAAGCACCACCAAAUUACGCAGAUGUCGUGUCAGAGGAGGAAUUCUGUCGACAUGUGCCUCCUUACCCUCAACCCCCCGAAGGUGAGGGGGAAGCAUGUUGCCCAGUGUUUGCCUGCAUACAGGAAUUUAGGUUCCAGCCUCCGCCUCUUUAUUCAGAGAUUGAUCCACAUCCUACUGAUGUAGAAGAGACCCAGCCUGUGUCCUUCAUUCUCUGAACAAAUUUCAGAAAUCACUGUGUUCAUCAUCAAACUAGAAUAUGGGUUCUUUCCCCCCCAACCCCUGCCUUUUUGGAAAAGAGAGAAGAUUAGUGUAAGAACAUAAAUGAACAUCAAGAUCGAAGAUGAUAGAAAUUAAAGAAUAUGUGAACUUUCCAGUGGGCCAAGAAGAUCAUUGCACAGUUUAUGAUAAGGUCACAUGUCCUUUUUAAAUAAUGCAGUGAAGAAGACAUGAAAAGUCAGAUGAAGAGAAUGCCCCGGAAGUCCUGAUGGCGAUGGAGUAAGUGAAGGAUGCCUGCACCUGACCUUAGGGACCAGAGUCUGUGUGGAGAGUGAAAACACUACACGAGUGUCACUUUAAAAAGGUUUCUCCAGGUGGAACAGAAGUUACCCUAAGCUUUAAGGAAAUACGGACUCCUUGGGAGCCUUGAUUUUGAAGAAGUUAGCAACACAGAUGCGUGUACAACUAGGAGAAAGGCCCACUCUAAAUAUGAAGUGUGACCCUGACCCCUGAGCAUCUUCAUGGUUUCUUACCAUGUCCCGUAGGACUAAAGUCCUUGAAAGAACCUUUUUAUGAGGUCCUGAUGAAGUAUACAGUUUCACUUUAUAAAUUGGCUGUACAGUAUUAUGAAACCAAGAAAGAGUUCCUUGCAAGGCAUGUCAGUUCAGAGGGGAGCGAUAAAUUUCAGUGUGAGAACACGUUUUGUUGAAGGCUGUACUUCUUACCCUUUAAAUACUUUGGAUAUGUGUUUGAUUUUCCCCAUGUUUUAUUUUCCAAGGAUCAUAGUAGAAAAAGAAAGGGAAGGAAAAAAAAAAAAAAGAUUGCAUCCUCAGGCUGCCUUGGUAACUACACAGAAAAAAAUACCCCCCCCCCCAAAAAAAAACCCACAAAACAACAAAAGCCUUUCUUAACCUACCUCUAAUGGGGUUAUCAGAAUCCUUUUACAACUCUGGGCCUGAUAAGCCUUAUGUGGGGUUUCUGCUAAUCGGCAGUAGCGCUCUCCUCCAACCCCUUGGUGAACCAAGGGAAAAACCUAUAAGGUUAGCAUUAGAUGAAAGCCAGUAUAUGUCUACCAAAGGGUAUUUCCAAACAAAUGCAAAAUCAAAAGAGGGUACAAAUAACUAUGUGUUUUAAAAAGGACAAACUGAAUUCCUGCCAAGAGACUGAAGGCUACCAGUGGCAGUCACUGUGCUCUGCAUUGUUACUCCAAUUCCAAGCCUUUAGUAAUUCUUUUUAAACUGUGAUUUUUUUUUUUUUUGCUUUAUUGUUUUGGUGCAAUAUUUUAUUAUCGUUUAAUCUCAGGAUAUUCCGACCAACAAGAUUGUGUUGCUGCUAGAAGUCUGAGCAGUGUUUUUACUGUCCCCUCUCUCCCUUCUGUUCACGGUCCCAUGUUCACUUGGUUUUCUUUUCAUCUGUUGGUUCCCUGACUGCUGGCACUAAGUGGAAGGGAGGUAAGGAUUCCCAUGAUAGAAAUUUUGGACCUGCCGAGUACUUUGGUUUUCUCCAUGUCCUGCAGCUUCUACCAAGAAACCCUGGUGCUUCCCAUGAAGAAUGCCAUACUUCAUUCACCAGAGCAAGUCAUUUUUUUUUUUUUAAUCAGUAUAUUCAGUCACAAAUACAAAAAUUCUUCUAAGCUUAGGUUUUGUAUUUAGAAGUUAGCUGGCCAUCUGAUCAGGGAUUUUUUUCUACAUGCAUUAGGUAAUUGUAUACUACUCCCCUUUCCAGACAUACCUCUCUUUGUAAUCACGCAAGCAUCUUAAGCAAUUUUUUCAUUGUAAGCCACUAUUUAAAAUCACAGUGCAAAUCUGUUACACCAGUAAUUGUGGUACUGAAAUAGUCACAAAACUUUAUUCCUUGCUUUGGUUCUUAGUGCCUUUUUUAAAUUUUGCUUCUUGUGUGUGUGUAUUUUUAUACAUGUUAUGUGUUUUUAAGUGCUAUCUAAACAGUUUUGUUUUUACUCUAAAAAAAAACAUCUUUGGCUGUUUCUUGACUUCUGAGUUGUAGUUUACAUGCCUUGUCAAGACAUUGUCCAUCUCCAUGAUACCAAAAUAAAGUGAAAGAAACAAAGUAAAAUGGUGUGAAGGAAGAAAGUUUAGUUAUUUGGCCCCCUGUGGAAAGCCAAGUAGUUCGCUUCCAACUGCUCAGUGGAAGCCUUCCUAGGAUUGUUUUAUCACCUGUAAUGGAGACAUCAUGAACUGUGCUCACAAAAUUCUAAAGCAAAGCUGAUUUUGUAGCACUUAAAAGAGUAGCUAAAAGGUAUGAUUUGCCUUAUCGAAUUGGUAUCAGUAUAUCUAACCUUAAGCAGUAGGUUGAAACUGCAUACCUUUUUGUAAUCAAGAAAUUAUUCUAUGAAUGUAGAAAAUUCUACAUUGCAACAGAAUUCUUGGGAAUGAAGAUAAAAAUUUAGCUGCUAUUUGCUUGUUAUUCAGUUGUUUAGUUUGCAAAGAAACUGUGGCCUUAGAAUUUUCUUUUUGAUGCAAAAAUUUUGAAAUUGAAAAUGUGCAUCUUUUGGCACACAAAAUCUUUCCAUGGGUGGAACUUUAAUUUUUAUGUUUUUGUUUUGCACAAUAAGAAACUCAAUAGGCAGGGGUUUUGUUUUUGAUAAGUUAACUAUGAAAGCUUUUUUAUUUUUAUUAUUAAAAAUGUAACAGUUUAACCCACAGGAAAAAAAAUAAAGAUUGUAUUUUGUACUCUGGUUUGAACCCCAUGGGUUCCUUUUGUUAAUAAAAUGAUGACACUAAUGCUGUGA